AAAUAGACGCACGCCGUCUGCGUAACGGUGGCAGAAUUGAAAAGUGCAUGGGUGCGUGUUGUCAGCUCCGAAGUCUGUUUCGUGUGCCUGUUUCGUGAGUUUCGUGUGCCUCGCGAAAUUCGUUGUUUUGGCUGUGUGCCCCGCAACAUUCUCUGUUUUUAUGAAUAGACAUCGUCGGCCUGCAGCGAAAUGAGCCAGCGUGCAGCCACCAGUGGGGCACUGGCAACAUCCGCAGCAGGCAAGCGUAAGCCCUGGGAUCUUCAGGGCCGUCUGCAUGAUCUUGAGGAGUGCAUGAAAAGUGUGACUGGCGAGAAGGAGCAGCUCAGCCAGCAGAGCACCAGCCGGCUGCAAGAGCUCGAGAAAAUCAAUGCUGAGCUUCAGGCCGAGCGGAACAAGAAUGCGCAGCUGACCACAAUAGUCUGCGAACUCGAGUCUGCUCUCAGCUCGUGGGAGGCCGGAAAGCAGUCGGCUUGUGCGGAGAGGGACUCCCUGUCCCUGCAGCUGCGCUCGGCCACACAGCAGGUGGCCACUCUGGAGCGAUGUCUGGCCGAUGCCACAGGAGCGCUUGCUGGUCUUCAAUGUGAGCGUGCUGUCCUCAUGGCACAGCUGGAGUCGUCCGUCCAUGAGCUCCGUGCCAGAGUGGCAGAGCACGAGGAGCAGAUCAACGCCGCCGAGCUGGACGGCCGCAAGUUACACAACACGCUGCAGGAGCUCAAGGUAAACCAGUGUCACAUCGGGACUGCACGGACAAACUUGUAAAAAAAAAGAACCAACAAGGCGGUCAAGAUUCAUUACUUGCUUUUAAAUUUUGUAACUUCAUGCUCUGAAUCAUGAAUUUUAACGGCCUUUCUAACUUUUAUGACUUGAUACUCUGCAUGAUGAAUUUUAAUGAUUGCAUACUGCUUUUCAAUGACAGUGCAAUCAUUUGCACAUUUUUUUAAAAAUUGUGAUGUGCACUGCCAUGCUUCAGAAAUCUGGCGCUAGAAAUGGGGUGUGUGCACUUUGCAUUUAAUAGCUUCGUUCAUAUCGGAUUUAUGUGUUCAGCAUGGAAAGGAAUACAUUGCCUGCCACCUAGCGUGUGACAUUGCUGAGCAGCUUGGCAGCAUGCAAUUUGCCGUUAACUUGUAGCUCAAGCCCAUGGGGAAACUGUCUGUAAACGAUGGCUGCGUGACGAGUAGAUAUAUUGCGGCAAUGGAUAAUACCCUGGUUAGCAGUUCAUGGUGUCUUGCUAUUACAUAACUAUUAUGUACAGUUUGUCUGCUUUCUUUUUGCCAGUGUUUUAUAGGCAUGCAAGCAUUCAAAUUGCCGCUGUCUCACGAGCUGCAAGAUAUCCAGGCUUUUGCAUUUCACGAGGGCAUGAACAGCGACUUGUCAUGUACAAUGUAAAAUUCCUCGAAGUAUGCGUUUUAGCAUGGUAUACAUGUUGUACUGACAAUAACAUAAAUCCUUUUGCUGCUGUACCCUGAAAGUGGGUCUCAAAGUGGCACACCUUACUGGCCUCUUCUUUGGGCACAACAGCCGGCAGUUUGUGUUCCAUUUUGGUUGUCGGGCCACGUUGGCGAUUUCCCAUAAAUGUGUCAUGCGAACAUCUUGUGUCAUUUGUAGAAGCUUAGAUCUGCCCUCCAAUGGCACUGGGGCUGCUGCCCCAUUGUGAAGAAUAUUUUACCUUUGUUUUAUCGUGGAAAAAUUUUAAUGUGGACUGGAUUAAAACUUCCUAGCCUAGUUCGCCGCGUGGCUAAUUCUGCACUCCACAUUAUGCAUCUCUGUGGGGCACAUAAUUAGCCACAGGGCGAACUAGGCCUGUAAGUUAUUGACCGGAUGAAAAUGGUGCAGAAGAUGGCGUGGUUACCGCUUCAUGUUAGUGACCACACGUGGCAUUGAAGUGCAAGAAGGCAGACCAGCAUGCAUCAGCGCCAACUUCCAACAAAAUUUCAUUGAGCUAAAUAACGCAGUUGUGUACAAGAUUGCCACUACAAAUGUGAAAAAAAGCAACCAUCAAAACAUGCGCAACUUGACACUACUGCACGACGCAUGAAGCAUUCAUACCCAAGAACGACUCAUUUAGCAGUAUGGGGAAUAGUUGCCAUGCUAACGUGCAUACAGUGCAUACGUUGAAUUCUUGUGGCCAGUUUGAUUUCACUUGUGCAUUUGCAUGUCUUUUGCCUUAAACAUUUGUGCUGUUGUGAUUGCUCUUUAUUUGCUUGUUUUGAGGAGUGCUUUUUAAAGGUGCCAUAAGUGGUUAUUGUGGAGACUUCGAAGAUGCGCUUGUCACAAAUUUUCAUUACUUCAAGUCUUAAAAUAAUUACUGUACGUACUUCCAUCUGGAUCGAAACCAUGUAAUACCAUUCUUACUUGGUGCUGGCAGCACGGAUUCCAAUUGCUACAGCACUGUACAUUUUUUGCCUUGGUUAGUCUUCGUUUGUAAGCAUCAUUGUUGGCAUUUCCAUGAAUUUUUCUGCUGGAAUGUUCAGAAUACUGUAGAUUAUCGUUUGAAAGCUGCAUGCCACUGAAUUUGUUCAGGAUAACUUCUGCAUUUUUGCUAUUUAAAUAAAAUGUAAAGAAACUUUGAGCAAA